ACGUAAACUUGUAAACUUGUUAUCUUUUUAUUUUUUAUUGUUAAAUUGCGAGAUAAAAGUUAAGAAAAUGAGUUCAAUAAGUUCUGCUUUACACGAAGCUGAUAAAGCCAUAAAGGAAAAUGUAAAGAAACAACGCGAAGAAAUAAUGCCAAUAUUGAAAGAUUUAAUAGAAAGAGUACAAUUAUUUUCAUGGGCUCUACAGCAAAACUUUAUCGACACAUUUUGUAAUUUUACACCUACAAAAAGCUUGGAAGAAUUGAACUAUAAGAAUCGCAAAUCAAACAUAUUAGCCGAUUACAACAAAUUAUUAGAAGACGUAAAGUUAGUGUAUGAAAAGUCGGAAACUUUGAAUGAAGAAUUUAGUAGUUCUGUUAAGAAAUUAGAAAAUGCUAUGAAAGUUUUCAACAACUUAUGUAUCGUUGUAGAAGGUAAACAAAUUCUGGAUAAGGCAAGUCAUGAAUUCGGUAGAUAUAAUUACAUAGAUGCGAUGGUAAGCGUUAAAGAUUUGCGUAAACAACUUGCGUCGCUUAAAUUCGAAGGUAACGCUGGUAAAGCGUUAUCGAAGCUCAACGAUCAAGCAGAAAAUCAAUUAGCCAUGUACGCUGCACAACUUAGCAUAGAAUGGGAGGAUAUAUUUAACUGGGAAGAGAAAAAAAGUAUUUAUCAUCUGACAUAUUCUUUAUCCAUACAACAAAGUGAUCCAAUUUUAAUACAAAAUGUCUUAAAAUCUCUCUAUGCUACUGAGAGAUUAAAUGCAGAACUUGGUGUAUUUUCACAUUUCUUUAUUGACAAAUUACUUCAUAAUGUAAUUAGACAUAAUUGUAAUAUAUACACUGAAGAUUACUUAGGAGCUUUGGUAUUUAAUAUUAAGAUAGAUUUAAAUGAUCCUAAUAAACCAAACUUUCAAACCAUUUUCAAUAAUUUAACAGCCGUUUUUGAAUUUCUACAAUCAACUUUGGGACAUUUUGAAGAUGGUAAAAACUUUGUACAAGUUUUUGCCGAGUCAAUUAGAUAUAAAUUUUUCAACAAGAUAAUAAAAGACUGUAUCAGAAAUAAUUUACCUUCAUGUGAUAGUAGUUAUGAGAAUUAUAAAAAUAUUGUCAUAGAACUGGAGUCGUUUAAUAAAUUCUUAAUAGAUUUAAAAUUUGUCGAAGCAAAUGAAUCACCACUUAAUAAAUAUAUAGAAAAUACAGAAUGUGUUUUGUAUCGUAAAAAAUGUGAUAAAUUAUUAUCUGACGUAAGAAAUAUGCUUGGUGAAAGCUUGUCAUUUGGUACGAUAACUGCAGGCAAUAUAUCUGAUAUACCAAAUGAUUCAGUACUAGAUUCUAGUAACUGUCCUAAUAAUAAAGAUUCCUUGUGGGAAUUAAAUAAUCCUAUAUUCUUAUCCAAAUGUAAGAUUUCUAGAAAUGUAGAGAAAAUAAUGUCAAUGUUAAUUGAACAUUUGGAAGAGAGUACAAAGCUUCCGGAAGAGUAUAGCAGGCAGCUUGUUAUGUAUAUAAGAGAUAUAGCUAUUAUGUACCAAUGUUUGAUACCUAAAAAGUUUAAAGUUAACUUAGAAUGUUGUCCUUUGGAUAUUGCAUUAUUCUUCAACAAUUGUUUCUAUCUGGCACAUAGCCUGAUCGGACCACCAUGGAAGAAUAUCCUGCCUUCAUUUCUAGCAGAUCUACUGACAACAGUACUGCUGGAAUGUAUUCAAGACCUCAGAGUUGUAGGUUUAGAAAAAAUCUCAAUAUACCUGCAAACACAAAGAAAUGUUAUUGUUAGGAAAAUUGAAGAAACUGAACUACCCUGGACUCAUGACUCAUACCAAACAUUUGAUGCUGCAAUAAAAAGUUCUUUAAGCCUUAUGGAGGAUCUAAAGACCAGCUGGUUUAAUGUUCUUCCUAUUAGAAUGUACGAACUAUCUAUGUGUACUUUAGCCCAAGCUCUUUGCCAAGCGAUGUUGGACCGAAUAUUUGCCGAUAGUAAGCCAAUAUCUGAAGAGUUGGUCUACAUGUUGGCCGUUAGGUUUGAAGAUACGAUGGCUGAAAUUACAUCAUUAUUCGAUGAGGAGGUGGAAUUAGAUAAUAAAAUAAAUAUAUGGGUGAAAUUCAGUAAAAUGCCGCAAAUUUUAAAAGCUCAGUUGCUCGAAAUAACUGAUUUGUGGCGCAACGACAAACUUUUACUGCAGUGUUACGCUUGUGAAGAGAUCCGGCAAAUUGUCAAGUUGAGAUUCCCCGAUGAUAAAUAUAGGCUGAAGAUAUUGAUAGAGAUUCAAUAAAUAAAUAGUUUUUUUUAAUACCUUUCCCUUUUCUUUACUGGUAAAUUAUAGUAUUUCAGUGUUCUGAAAUUAUGAAUUAGAAAAGUUCAUUAAAAUAAUA